GAAAGGUAUCUGCAGCGUGCUGGUUAACACAGUCUCCCCGCCCUAUCUAAUGUGUGUGCGCGCACUCGCAGCGCACGCCAGGACCCAGCGUGUUAGCACACCCGCAGUUUUCCUUAGAUCCUCAAGACUGGGCGCUUGUUGCCUUGUCCAGCAGGCGUCAUCCGCCUUGUUGCGUCGUUCGGUUCCGCGCGUCCUCGCGGCUGGCAGCGUUUUCGCCAAGCUUGGAACCCGGGGCUUCGGCAACCUGAACGCCGGAGGAGCUGCCUCAGCCUCAUCCACUCAAACCGCGACGUUAACAUCAUCAUCAUCAUCAUCAACCAUGACCGACUCCAAUACCUCCGCCGGUGCUGCUUCCGCUGCCGCUGCUGCUGCCAAGCUUGAUGCCCUGCGUGCCGCUAUGCGUGAGGCUGACGGCGGUCGCGGUGUGGCAGCCUACCUGGUUCCCACCGAGGACCCCCACAUGAGCGAGUACCCGCCCGCCUGCCACAAGUACCGGGAGUACAUCUCAGGUUUCACGGGCACUGCGGGCACAGCGGUGGUCACAGCGGAUGCGGCGCUGCUGUGGACGGAUGGGCGGUACUUCCUGCAGGCUGCCUCCGAGCUGCCGCCCCAGUGGUCCCUCAUGAAGUCCGGCACCCCCGGCUGCCCGGAUUUGGAGGACUGGCUGGCUGCCAACCUGCCCGAGGGCGCGCGGGUGGGUAUCGACCCAUGGGUCCACACCGUCAACUCGGUGCGCACGCUGCAACGCAAGCUGCAGGAGGCGGGAAAGGUUCUCGUCCCGCUGCUGGACGACGGCAACCUGGUGGCGCGUGUGUGGGGCUCCGAGCGCCCGCCCGCGCCGCCCGCCCCGCUGCGUGUGCACCCGCUGGCCUGGGCAGGGGAGGGGGUGGCGGGCAAGCUGGGGAAGCUGAGGGAGCAGAUGCGCUCCUCCGGCGCCUCCGCUCUGCUGGCCUGCUCGCUGGACGAGGUGGCCUGGCUGACCAACACGCGCGGGGCUGACGUGGAGCACAACCCCGUGGCGCUGUCGUACAUGCUGGUGGUACGGCAGGCGGCAGCGGGGGGGGAGCAGCAGCAGGAACAACAAGGGGCUGGGGAGUGUGGCGGCAGUGCGGUGCUGUAUGUUGACGGUGGCAAGGUGGGGCAGCAGGUGGCGGAGCACCUGGCGGAGGCGGGGGUGCAGGUGAAGCCCUACGAGGCGAUGCUGUCCGACGUGGCGGCACUCGCGGCGGCCGGGGGGCGGCUGUGGCUGGAUCCAGCCCGCGUGUCGUACGCCGUAUACCAGGCGGCAGCGAAGGCUGCCAGCGGUGAUGCCGCCCCCUCCGAGACCCCCCGCAAGCGGCCCCGAGGGGAGCAGCAGGAGGGCCCCGCCACUGCUGCAGACGGAGACGGCGCUGCCGCCCCCCCUGCACCCGCUGCCGCCCCCAAGCCCUUCAAGCCCGUGGAGCUGCCCUCCCCAGUCACAGCAGCCAAGGCCAUCAAGAACGCCGCCGAGCUGGCCGGCAUGCGUGAGGCCCACCUGCGGGACGCGGUGGCGGUGUGCCGCUUCAUGAUGUGGCUGGAGGAGCAGAUUGGCCAGGGGAAGACCGUUACGGAGGUGGAGGUGGAUGCGGCAAUCACCGGGUUCAGGUCCCAGCAGCCGGGGUUCGUGGAGACCUCCUUCGGCACCAUUGCGGGGGCGGGGCCCAACGGAGCCAUCAUCCACUACCGCCCCCAGCCAGGCAGCUGCCGUACCGUGGACGGCUGCACGCUGCUGCUGCUGGACAGCGGGGGGCAGUACGACUGCGGUACGACAGACAUCACCCGCACCGUACACACGGGCCGCCCCUCGGACCACCAGCGCAGGUGCUUCACACGCGUGCUGCAGGGCCAUAUCGCACUGGACUCCGCCAUCUGGCCCGAGGGUACCCCGGGCGCGGCUCUCGACACGCUGGCUCGCACCGCGCUGUGGCGGGAGGGGCUCAACUACCGACAUGGCACUGGACAUGGAGUGGGAGCGGCGCUGUGCGUGCAUGAGGGCCCCCAGUCCAUCUCCUCCCGCUACCACGUAACCACCCCCCUCGCCCCCGGCAUGGUGUGUUCCAACGAGCCCGGCUACUACGAGGACGGCGCGUUCGGAGUGCGGAUCGAGAACCUGGUGGUGGUGGUGGAGCGGGAAACGCCGUUCAGGUAUGCCGGCCAGCAGUAUCUGGGCUUCGAGCGCCUCACGCUGGUGCCCAUGCAGGCCAAGCUGAUGGACCCCGCCCUGCUGAGUCCCUCCGAGGUGGCCUGGGUGGACGGCUACCACCGGGAGAUCUGGAACAAGCUGGCGCCCAGGCUGCAGGACCAGCCCGAUCUGCUGGAGUGGCUCCGACGCAACACGCGACCCCUGGAGGAGCAGCUGGGGGGCGAGCAGCAGUAGGGGGGCUAGGGGGUGGGGGCGGUAGGGGGGUCAAAGGCCAUAGGAACCACAAGUCAGGGCAGUAGGGGUUGCGAGCGGGGCGGCAGUAGGGAACGGAAGGACUACGACAGGGUCCGAGGUCACUGAGCGGUUGGAGGAGAUAGGGACAAAGCGGGUGGUGAUGGUGGUAAGAGUGCCGCUGGCUGAUAUGGGUGCGGCCACUGCGUGUUGUGUGUGCCGGCAGGAUAGGAUGUUGUUUGUGCAAAGUGACCCGGACGAGGAGAGGGGAAACAAGCAAGCGGCGUGGUAUUGGUUUUCCCAUCCAUCCAUGGUGACUUGCUGGACGGGGUGAAGAAUUGAAACAGGUAGGGAGUGGGGGCCGCACGUUGUGCCAGGCGGCGACAGUGAAGGAGAGAGAAGAAGAAGAAAAGGAGGUGAUGUGUGGAACGAAGCAGCAGCAGCAGCAGCAAAGGGGCGGAGAACUGCAUGUGUACCAAGUUACAUGCGUGGGAGGGCUGGAUUGCCUCGGUGUGGUGCUUUGGUGGUCGUGCUGCAGUGAAGAUGUUGUGACCGGGUUCAUGGGGGUUCAGAGGGGAGCAGCAGCAGCAGCGGUGGUGGUGGUGGGUAUAACACGAGGCGGCAGUUGUUGGCGACUACCGUUGCCGCCUCUGCAGGUGUUGGGGUUGGCCUGUUUGCUCGCGGUGUCGGUUGCCACCGUCGCCAUACAUGACUCGAGCGUGUGUGUUGUGUUUCCAUAUGUAUACGGCCCGAACGGUAGGGGCUUGGUCGCGGUGCGAAGGACACGGCGGUGCUGCAUGUUUCAUGGUGUCCAUUUGUUUGUGUUUUUCAUGGCCCAUUCCAGAAUACAAGGAAUGCGCCAUGGGAGGCGCAACA